AUGGUUAUGUCACUUGUCCGAUCCGAUGCGCUCGCCGUCGGUGAAGAGCAGCUCGCUCUCUAUCAAGAUGAGCUCACCAACCACCUCGAGGAGCAAGACGAGGUGGAGACAUAUCUCAAAAACUCCUUCAGGGACCGCUUGCACCAUGUCUACAAGUUGGCUUUCCACCGCAAGCGCUUGAGCGAUGCCGGAUACGACCCCAUCACCGGAACCACUGCGCGCGGCGACGUCGACGCCGCCACAAUUCAGAGACACGUCUCCUGGCUCAACGGUAUUGCUUUGUAUUUCAACGAGGUCGAUACAGAGCGUGCGGAGAAGGGGGCAGACUGGCAAAGGUUGAAGUUCGAGCUGCCGUAUAUCCUCAGGGAUAUCAAGGAGGCGGAGGAGAGGAUUGAGACGGUCAAGGGGAUGACAGAGUGGGAGCUGAUGGAGGAGGCUAGGAUUGCCAGGGAGAUAGCUGAAGCGCACGAGAGAAUGAUGCGUGCAGCUGCUGAGGCUAGCGCGAGGUGCGUUGACCCUGGUGAGUUCACCUUAUGGGAUCUUUGGUCCACCGAUGAUGAGAUGGACGAGGAGGAGGCGACACAGAAGGAGGAGAAGGGGGAGGAGGAGAAGGAGAAGGAGGAGAAUCAGUCUACUGGAAAUACAACCGAAUUCUCCAAUUAG